UCGACAUCGAUUCGUCCGCCGCGGUUCCCCAACGGCGCGGCCUCCUCCUCAAGUAGUUCGACACGACGGAAAAGCAUUGCGAGCAGAGCAGCGAGUGUGUUGGGUGUACGCGUUCAGGUGGGCCUUUGGAUAGAGGGCAAGAUUGGUGUGAAUUCUUGCUGUCGAAAGAGCUUACAAGUAAAGUGACAAACCGCAAAGUGGACGCCACAAAAAAGCGCAACAAAAAAGCGAAGAAAAAAGGCGCAAACAUAAAUCGGUCACCCGUGUGUGGUUGCGAAAAGUGUUGCGUAUCUGGUGAAGAAUUUACAAUAAAACGGCUUCUAAUCCUUCAAUACAGUGUGUGAACAAAAAAAAAGUGUAGUGAGCAGUGGUGUGAUAUAAAAGGCUGGGAAAGGGCCGUAUAAGGCUACCAGAUUCCAGACCGCGGCCAAGGGAAGCAAUAGGGCAACGCAUAGCAGCACACCACAUUACCAGCCUCCCAGCAAUCGAUCAUCGAGAAGUGGAGACAAAUCGAUAAGAAAAAAAAAAAACGCUUCACCAAACCCCAGCAGCGGAUCGCCAGCGCGUACAACAAGACACGUCUCGCAAACUCUUGAACGCCAUUUAGAGUUUCGUUUUUCCUCGUUUUUUUCUACAGAUUUAUCACCCCGCGAGUAGUGCGGAAGUGGAGGUGUCGAGGGUCUAAAAUAGAAAGCCAAAACGAACGCGCGAUCCAUCCCGCCCAAGAUGGAAGUACAGACCGCCCUGGUGUUGACGAUUCAGUUGAUCGCUCUAUUCUCUAUAGCCGGAGCACUGCUGCUAUAUCUGCUGUGUAAGGUGCGAGGCACACGCGAUGAUCCGACGGGUGUGCAGAAGGGCUCGAUUCUAGUCACCUGCGCGGACACGGCCCUUGGAUUGCAGAUUUGUACAUUUUUCGCCAGCAAGGGACAUCGAGUAUUUGCGGGCAUGAAGGAUCCAGUGGAGUCACUUCCGGCGAAACUGCUACGAGGCUGGAUGAAGAUGCGAGAAAACUCGGACACCCCAGUGUGCGGUUCGGUGGUACCGAUGAAAAUCGAUGUCACGCGGGAGGAUGUUUUGCGGGAAGCGGCAGAAUCGAUGGGUGCACAUCUGAACGCCGGCGAACGGGGCAUACUGGCCGUCAUCAACACGGCCGGAUCGGUGUACCGUGGACGCAUCGAUUCGCAGGAUUCGCUUCAAUGGGAAAACAUGUUUAAGAACAACGUGAUGGGUUGUCUGCGUACGGCACGGGCUUUCAUUGGGCUGUUGCGGCCAACGCGUGGUCGGCUGAUCCUGCUCGGUUCCGGAAACGAUGACGAUGGGCUGACCGUGUUUAUGGCUACGCGGAACGCAGUACAGGGAUGUGCCGAUGCCCUGCGCAAAGAGCUCAGACCAUACGGUGUCAGCGUCGUUACACUGGAUUCACGUGGCGUUCCGGCCGAGUCGUUAUUCAAGGCUCCCGUUCCAUACACAAUCUCUGACGAGGAAGGCGUGCCGACGCAGUACAGUGCCGAUGUGCUGACGAGUUCGGCGCUGGGCGUUAUCGAACGGGCUCUCUAUGAUAAUCGUCCCAGUGAGACCUACUGUCUGUCGGUGCCAAACAGCAAGUUCCAGGUGAAGCUGCCUUGCCGGUCAUCGUUGAAAAUUACCGCCAACCGCCCGGAUCCGAAACCGAUACAGAGUGUCUGAACCGAUGCAGAGUGCCGGCAGUGAACCAGUUAAAACCUAGAAUGCAACGAACGCAACGCAACAACACAUCUACCAGAGCGGAUCUGCUCCGGUCCGCGGAGUGCCGACGGAUGAGUCAACGCCGAGUCGGGACAGUACGUGGACAGAUUUCAGAAUUUCUUUGUGCCUUUUCCGUUCCCUAUACUUCCGUUUCGCUAGUUACGAAGU